AUGAACAGGUUCCAAGUAUAUCAGGUGGAUGCUCUAGAGGAGGCGUUUCAAGAGAGAGACCAUCUGUCUAGAGAGAGAAAGGCUGAGCUGGUGGAUCGAACAGGACUGGAUGUGGAGCAGGUUACGAGCUGGUUUAACCGGAGACGAAAGCGGGAGCGAGACAGGGAGACGAGGAGGAGGUCAGAACGGAGGAAUUCGGAGCUGGAGGAAGCUCUGAGGGAGAGUAGAGAGAGAGAGGCAGUGCUGCAACGUGAGGUUGAAGACAGCAAGAGGAGAGAGACUGCGCUCACGGCUGAGAUUCAGAGUUUGAGACACCAAAUUGGAGGUUUUGGUCAGCUAAUAUACCAAGGUUUGUGA